AUGGCCGGCAAGAAGGGAGCAGAUAACAGCAAGAAGGCCGCUGGCAACGCCCGCAAGGCCGAAUCAGCUGCCCAAAAGGCCGCCGCCGAGGACGCGAAAAAGGCCGCAGCCGAGGAUGCUGAAUGGUCAAAGGGCGCCAAGGGCAACGCGAAGAAGGAGGCGGAAGCCGCCAAAAAGGCAGAAGCAGCUCGCAAGAAGGCCGAGAAGGACGCUCUCCUGAAAGAGGAGGAGGCCAACACGCCGGGCCGGCCGGGUCCGAAGAACGCCAAGACAGCCGUCAAGAAGACACGCGGACUGGACCUGUCGCAACUCGACGAUGAUCGCAGCGGCGGCUCGCUCGGAGCCCUCAACGCCACGGGUAUUGACAACGCGCUCGAUGCCCUCUCCCUGACGACUUCCGACGCCGCCAAGGUCGACAGACACCCCGAGCGACGAUUCAAGGCGGCGUACGCGGCCUUUGAGGAGCGUCGCCUCAAGGAGAUGGACAACGACGGCACCGGCCAGGGCCUGCGUCUGCAACAGAGGAAGGACAAGAUCAGGAAGGAGUUUGAGAAGAGCCCGGAGAACCCUUUCAACCAAGUGACCGCAAAGUUCGAUGCCACCAAGGAGGAGCUGGCCGAAAUCAAACAGAAGGAGAAGAGCAAGAUCGAGGCCAGACUUGGGAAAUAG